UCAGUCAGCGGCCCCCAGCAAGGCCUCGCCGGAGUCGCUCAAGCCGCGCGCGCUGCACUAACGAUCCAACCCGGCUUUGGGCAGCCGUUCUCCACACAGGAGCGGCCAAGGGUCCCAAAGCAGCAGCCCGACUCUGUUCGCACCUGGCCUGCCGGUUCCUUGGGAGCUCGCUCCCCUUAACCAAAGUUAUUGUCGGGCUCUGAAACCAUUAAAAGGGGCGCUUCGCUUCUCAUGUUGGGGUUUGACUGGCACUGUCUGAACGUUUCCGUUCACCUGGGACUAACUCUUCCGUGUAAUCCCGCUGGGCUUCAGGAAGGGAGAGAAUUGUAAAGGUCUUUCAGAGCUAUUCAGGGCGCUUAAAGCAUGGGCCGUAAAAAAUGAAGGAAACGUGGGUUCCACUUUAUAAAUAUUCUUGUAAAAGUGGGUUGUUUUUUUCUUUAUUUCACGUGAAGGAGCAUAAAGGGUCUGCCGACUUCGGUCCUUUCCAGCCUCGCGCCGUUUUUUCGUGCUUUCUUUCUGCCUCGAAGAGCUUCGCUUUUAUUUCCAGCCAUUAGAGGGCGCUUUCAAUACGUAGCGGCCGGAGGAUUCGGUCAUUGUCGCUUAGCAACCGCCAUCGUAUCCUAAACAAAACUGACACGCGGAGACAGAACUCGUGAUCCGCACCGACGACUGGCAACCCUACAGUGCUGAGAGUAUGUCACCCGCUAGGAACUCCUUCCCAUUCCCUAAUUACGAAAAUGAAAAUACAUACUGUGGUAAUAGGAAUGCACAGCAACAAGACACCUGGAAUCGUCUACAUGGAACAGCAACUUUGGCAAGCAUCAGAAGAGAAGUCUGGUAUUCAGAACCUGAGAUUUCUAAAGACAGUUUGGAUUUUAAUCUCAGUUCUCUAUACAAUCACCAUGAAGACCUGCUUAAAGACAAAAGUCAAGUAGUCCUCCAUAAGGAGACCCUCCUUGAUGACCAUGGAACAUUGAAGGGUUUAGAGCCUGUGAAGAAAUACACUUCAGUUCAGCAUCCUACCUCCAAGGGCAUUACUGUGAGACACUGGGCUAACCCUGUAAAAGAAUCUAUCCACCACAUUGAGGGAGCCAUUGAAUCUCCACAUACUGCUGCCACAAACAGUGGAUAUUCCCGUAAAGAGAAUGGUGGGAUCUUCUAUCAUUAAUGAUUUUUGCAGGGUCCUUUCGUCUGUACUUGCUGCCUAUUUGUUAACUCUUGGCUCACUGUAUGCUUAGUUUUCAGGUCAUCCAUUAAACCAGCCAGCUUCACUGAAUUUUAGUAAAAGCUCAGCUGUGCCAUAUUUGAAAAAGCAGCUUGUUCUUGCCAAUGGACCAAGCCCCAAACAUAUCAGGCCUAAUAAAUUCAGAUAUUUGGUUAGGACUGAAGUAAUAGAAUAUAGUCCACUUUGGGUUCAACUCUAAAGAAGAUACUAUUUAUAUUGAACCAUUACAGUAUUAUUUUACACAAUCUUACGCUAAAACUAUCUUAGUUAAUAUCUCAAAGUAAAAUAUGAACAUCAAUUAGUCUUUAAAAAAUGUUUUUCAAAAACAAAAUGCAAAUAUAACUUCAUUCCUAAAUUAUUCCUAAUACACUUAUGGAGUACUUCAGAACACAAAUUUCCAUAAGAACAGAGUGAUCCAACUUCUGAAGAUUAAAACUAUUAUAUCAAGAUCAAAAAGAAUGCCAACCAGGAACAAGGGCCGAAUGCCAAAAUACACAAUUCUAUAACCUUUAUAAAAAGUUCUGCAAGUACAAAAACUGCCACAGAUUGAGGAGACAAAGCACCUGAUGUCAUUUAUAAACACCGUGGCUAUGUGCAAGUUUCAAAAGUAAGCUGGAGCCAAAGAUUGCCAAUACAAAUGAAUCUCAAAACCAGCCCAGUAAUGUUUAUUUCAAAUUGGAAGUUGAUGCUUUAUGAUACAUUACUGAAUUGAUAUUUUCCCUUGGCACUUUAAGCCUAUACUUUUGAGUGAUGUUAGAUUAUUAGCUAUGCAAAGUGUAGGUUGUGAGAAUUUUGCUCAAAGAAAGAGGUCAAGAAACCCAAGAAAGAUAGAUUUCUAUACCUCUUAGGCUUAUCCACUUCCUGUCUACUGCAUUGACUUAAUUUUUUAUCCUUUAUCUUCACAUAUAAAGCCAUACUUUUAAAGAUUUUAUCUGCUUUGUCCAUUGUUUUCAUUAUUCAGUAUUGUCUCCCUAUUGCAGUUUUUUAACUAAUCUAUCCAGUAACAUGCUGUUAGAAUCAACCCAUUCUCCUCUGCUGAACUUUUUUUUAUCACUCUAAUAUACAUUUUUAAUUAAUAUUUUCACCUAUAUUCUUUCAUUAUUGCCUUAUGGUUCCUGUGAUGCAAUUUUUCUGCUUUUCUAAAAAAAAGUUGUUGUAGAUCCCAAAUAAUUGUUUCACAUUUUAAUUCCAAAUCAGUUAUAUCCUUUCUUGUAUAUCAAAUCAUGCAAUUUCCUGAAUAAACAAUCUAAGCAUUA